GAUGCUGAGCGGCGAUGGGGCUGGGUGUUCGUAUUCGCGACAUGCUUCUAUAAUGUGUGAGGCUCAUGCGGGGCGAGGGAUAACGUUAUGGUGGUGUAUAAGUGCACCCUCAGCCUCGCUGGAACUCGACCAUCUACACUCGAUCAAUCGUAUUCAAUUCAAUCAUCGUAUUUAGAGAGCUACCUCACCAUCUAACAGACAAUGUCUUCCGGCUUCGCCAAGAACGGCCUCUACUGGUGCGCCGAGGCGCCUCUGCAGCCCAGCCAACCGACCAUUCUCUUCAUCCACGCCUCGUGGAUGUCCUCGUCCAUGUGGGAAGAAACGACCCAAUCGCUCUCAGAUGACCUCUCAAACACCAAUCUGGUUCGAGUCGACCUAAAUGGGCACGGGAGAACAACCGAGGGCCGGAAGGAGUAUACCCUUUGGGACCAAGCACAGAAUGUCCUUGACCUCAUUGACGAACUGAACCUGUCCAAUAUUAUCGUGACAGCAAUCUCAAUGGGCACAAUGGUCGCCCUGCGAAUCGCCCUCCUCCAGCAAACCAAACUCACCGGCUUGAUCCUCCUCUCCGCCAACGCCUCGGCCGCCUCCGAAGCCCACAAGACCGGCUUCCCUCAGCUUCGGGAUAUCUGGACGGCCACACCCUCACCCAGCGACGCAAUCAUGAACGGUGCCAUUCUCGCCUGGGGCGGGGCGACAGACGUCAACAGCCCCCGGGCGCAGCGGAUCAGGGACGACUGGGUCCAGCGGCAUUCAGGGAAGGAGAAUAUCGACCCGACGCUGGCGUCGAUGAUGGGGAGGGAGAGUCUGCUCGGUCGGUUGAGUGAGAUUAGGGUUCCGGUGCUGUUGGUUCAGGGGGAGGAUGACCGGACGUAUCCGGUGGCGGACGCGGAGGAGAUUCAGCGCGGACUAGUGAAUGCACCUGUUAGUCUGGAGGUUCUCAAGGGGGAGGGACAUCUUCUGGUGUAUCUGAGGGAGUCGGAGGACGUGACGGGGUUGAUUAGGGGGUUCGCCGCCAGGGUUUUCGGUUCGUCCUAGUACUAGUUUAUUGCAACUGGGACCUUUUAUCAGACCAUCAUUCUUGUUUCAUUCUUGUUUAGGCGGCAGCUCCGUUCCCUGUAGAGUGCGAGUCCACAAUUCCUCCGGUAGACAGGGUGGCCAAGCGGGGCGGAAGAUGAGAUUCAUUUAUCCAUAUUAACCACAAUGAGUGGCGAU